UUUACGUCCGGGCGCUUCCUCUCCUUUGAGUCCGUGCGGGGCUUUGGCGGCGGGUUGUAAUCGUGACCUGAGGCUGCAGCUUAAUGAACCACGAUCAGUCGGCUGCCCCCCGUUUGCCCGGCUCCCUUCACAUACUAACCUCAUCAUCCCGCUCCCCGCUUCCCCGCCGCAUUCUUCCCUUUACCCUACCAAUUCCCCCGGGGCCUCACCUCCUCACCUUUCCCUGCUCUAGCCUCAUUUUCUCCAUUGCUCCAAUUACCCAUUACUGCUAAAUUAAGUUUCCUUCUCAUUCCAUCACCUUCCCUCUUUCUCCCUUACAACAUUACCUCCUCCACCGACUCAUCUGCCCUGCCUUUUCCUCCAAGCCCUCUAUCCCCCAGCACCAUUUCAGUGUCGAUAUAUUCUUCGCCACGCAGUUUCUGAUCAUAAAAUACCCGUUUGACUGCUGUUGCUGGGUCUUGUGUGAAGGGUUGGAUAUAAUUGUGAAGGCCAGCGGCAUUUAUCAACCUGUGAAACUAGCAGCAAUUCCUUCUGGAGGGUUGUUGGUACGACAAAGCUACCCUCCAGUGCACCAGCUGAAUAUUACCGGGCAUUCAAAUGUUUGGAGAGCUCACCACUUAAAGUAGAAGCUUCAAGCUCUAGAUAUGCCUCCAAAGUCAAGUGGCUCCACAAAGACCGAAGAAACAGCAGUUAAGGUAGCAGUUCGGGUAAGACCACUGCUGCCCAAGGAAGUACUGCAUGGACAUCAGUCGUGUGUCUAUGUUGACCUUGACUCGCAACAGCUUACCCUGGGGCACAGUCGACAUUUUCAAUUUGACAUGAUCUUUGACCAGACCUCCAGCCAGGAAGAAGUGUACAAGAGCUGUGUGGAGCCUCUUGUGGAAGCUUUCUUUGAGGGUUUUAAUGCCACUGUGUUUGCCUAUGGACAGACGGGAUCAGGCAAAACAUAUACCAUUGGCGAAUCUUACAUAUCUUCUGUGACGGAAGAUGAUCAAGGGAUAAUUCCCCGUGCUUUGGCUGAGAUAUUUAAGCUGAUUGAUGAGAAUGAUGCAGUGGAUCACACUGUUAAGGUGUCGUACCUUGAAGUGUACAAAGAAGAAUUCAAAGACUUGCUGGAGGUAGAAACAGCAAGCAAAGACAUACGCACUCGGGAGGAUGACAAAGGAAAUACAGUGCUUUGUGGUGUCAAGGAAUGUGAAGUGGAAGGUCUGGAUGAGGCUCUGAGCCUGCUGGAGAUUGGUAACACGACUAAGCACACCAGUGCCACACAGAUCAACACACGUUCCAGCCGUUCCCACACCAUCUUUACCAUAACCAUGGAGCAGAGGCGAGGAAUUGGUCGUAUCACACGACUUGCAGCUGCUGCUGGAGAUCCAUUUAGUUCAACACAGGUGAUAACCUCUAAGUUCCACUUCGUGGAUCUGGCAGGCUCAGAACGAAUUAUUAAGACUGGCAAUACUGGUGAACGCUUGAAAGAAUCCAUUCAGAUUAAUAGUGGAUUGUUGGCCUUGGGAAAUGUCAUCAGUGUCCUGGGUGAUCCCAGACGAAAAGGUUCUCAUAUUCCUUAUCGAGAUUCCAAGAUUACCAGGAUCUUGAAAGAUUCACUUGGCGGGAAUGCAAAGACGGUCAUGAUCGCCUGUAUCAGCCCCUCUUCCUUAAACUUUGAUGAGAAUUUAACCUCUUUAAAUUAUGCAAAAAGGGCGCAGAACAUUAAGAACCAGGUUGUGAUAAAUUGCAAGAAGGAGGUGGACCGGAACAAUGAGCUGGAACUGCAGAUCAAGACCCUGCACGAGGCUUUGAAGCGCAAUCAGCACGCAGCAUCAACCAAGUGCUUCAAACAUUUGACUGAGGAAAAUGUAGCUCGGCUCCAGGCAGAGAGCUCCCACUAUCGGUCCUGUACCGAUGCUGCAUACCGCAUCUUUAUGGAGUUGCAACAAGAGAGGAACCUCACAGUAGAUCAGGUGCUAAAAUUAAAAGAGUGGAUAACUACUGUGGAGGAGACACGCAGCGAGCUGUCCACUGCCUCUGGGCUGGAUAGCGGUAUUGAAUGUACUUCUACAGAUGAAUCCAAGACUCAAGAUGUAUCCAAGGGUACAUCUCAUUUUGCCAGUGGACCCAGAGAAGAGCAGAAGCAGCUUGUUCCAAAACUGCAGGCACAGGUCCUGAGACUGGAGGAAGAGAACCGAGAUUUUCUUGCCGCUCUCGAAGAUGCUAUGGAACGGUUUAAGCAGCAGAAUGAAAUGUUACUAGAGCAGGAGGACCAGAUUGUUGAAUUGCAGAGCAGACUGAAGCAGGUAGAGGGGAGCCAUACUGUGGUGACCAUGGAUGAACUGCUGGAAAGUCUUCACCUUAGUGACCUAAACUGUAGACCUCACACCGCCCCCAUAAACAAUGGACAUCUUUGCAGAUUCAAUGCAACACUUUGCAACUAUGUUCUCAACGAAGAAACCGGAAGAAAUCUUUCCAAAAAGACUGAUGUAAAUGCUUCUUCCUUGGAGUAUUCAGAUGGCGGAUUUUGUGAUCGUAGUCACCGCUUGCAAAGGAGCCUGCCAGGUGAGCAUUCUGUGCUUCACAGGCACAUCACGGGAGACUUCAAUGAAUCAACAGUGUUGCGAUCUGAUGAGGAAUCAGAGGAAACUGAGAGCAGCAGGAGUAAAGGAAAAAGCAGACGGCAAAUCAAUCGGACCUGGACUAAACGAGAUGUUCCUGGGAUGAACAGCAUGGUGAAAGGUAGAAACAGCUUCAUACACCAUGGGCAUAGUGACCUGAGCAGUUCUCAGUGUGAAAUAAUGAAGUCUCCACGCUGGAAGGGAGACCAUUUUGGGAUCCACUAUCGUUCCAUUUCAAAUGAUUUCAGGGAAGGUGUACCUGUGAACCAUCCCAGACUGAAGAAUUCUGAGUGGAGACUUGUUCAAGCACAGCACAAAAUGAGGGAACUAGCCAUCAACAUCCGUAUGAAAGAAGAAUUGAUCAAAGAACUCGUCAAAACAGGACAAGACGCCCAGGCAAUGAACAAGCAGUACUCUCGGAAGAUUAGAGAGCUGGAACAAGAGGUUGAGCAAGAAAGAGUGGAGCUGAGGGAGGCUCAGAAACAGCUGCGGGACCUUGAGGAGAAAGAACCCAGGGACCCAGUGGAAAAGACCAAACUCCAGGAGUACCAUAAAAAAGUCGCUGCAGCUCAGAGCAAAGUGCAGGCCCUAAGUCAGAAGAAACGGGAUACAGAACGACUUGUAUCACUGUCAUCGCAGAGCGAGCGGCGGAUCCAGGAGAUGGAGAGGAAUGUGCAGCUGAUGAAGCAGCAGCAGGCGCUACUGCAGAAAAAACUGAAAGUGGAAAUGGAUCAGAAAAGGCGAUUUGAAACAGAGAUGCACAAAGGAAAACAUCGAGUGAAGGAACUUGAAAUAAAACAUGAACAGCAGCAAAAGAUUCUUAAGAUUAAAACUGAAGAGAUUGCAGCCUUCCAAAGAAAGAGGAGGAGUGGCAGCAAUGGGUCUGUCAUCAGCCUUGAAGAGCAGCAGAAAAUUGAAGAGCAGAAAAAGUGGUUGGACCUGGAAAUUGAGAAGGUUCUAGAACAGCGAAAGGCUCUUGAUGACCUGGAGGAGGAGCUGAACAAACGAGAGACCAUUGUAGAAAAGAAAGAAGCCUUGCUCCAGGAGAAGAGCGGUCUGGAGAGCAAGCGGUUGCGAUCCAGUCAGGCUCUGACCAAUGACAUAGUGAGAGUGUCAAGCCGCAUUGAAUCUCUGGAAAAGGAGCUGUCUGAGAAGAAUGGGCAGUUGCGUAAUGGCAGUGCCAACGACCAGCAGGAGAUCCGCAAGGAGAUUUCCAACCUGCGACAUGAGAAGGAUCAGAUGAUGAAACAGCGGACGGAACUGGAUGAGAAGUUGCGGAUGGGGAAUCUACUAUCUGCAGAGGAAGAAAGGAUCCUUUUCCAGCUGGACGAAGCUAUUGAGGCGCUUGACGCUGCCAUUGAGUACAAGAAUGAGACAAUCACGCGUCGGCAGAGGGUGCUACGUGCCUCUGCCAGCAUGCUGUCCCAGUGCGAAAUGAAUCUGAUGGCAAAAUUGAGCUACCUCUCAGCUUCCGAAACCAGAGCGCUGCUCUGCAAGUACUUCGACAAGGUGGUAACGCUCCGAGAAGAGGAACGGAAGAUGCAGCUGGCCUUCAUGGAAUUGGAGAUGCGAGCAGAGGAGCAGCAGAAACUCAUUUACUGGCUGGAGGCGGCAGUGGAGCGUCAGCAGCUGGAGACCGAUCGCCGCCUCACCCUGCAGCAGAAGGAACAUGAGCGGAACCUGCAAGUCCUGCUACAGCACUGCCAAGGACAAGUGGACGAAGGAAUCGCUGGGAGCCAGAAGCAGUACGAGGGUUGGAUCCAAAUGAUGGAAAAGGAGCUUGCUUGGUACAAACAAGCAAAUCAUGAGUUGAACCUGAAACUGAAAGACCUAUCCACUUAUCUUUUGAAUAUUCCGGCAGAGCAGAGCAAACGCCUAGGAACUAUCAGUAGAGCUCAGCUGCAUAUUGACCGAGUGCUCCCAGCAGCCGGAAGAGAAGAAAGUGGGAACAAUAUUCCAUCAGAGUUUGUGGCAACAGUUGCUCCUGAACGGAUCGCCAAAUCGAAAGAGGAGCUCCGAGACUUGGUUCACGUGCCUUUGCCACCAUCGUGGCGGAGAUCAUCGCUGCCCACAGAUGAUCAGACUGGUUUGGAAGAACUGGAGCAUCUGUGUAAUAGGGUGGUGCAGCCUGCAGAGGGCGCCAUGCACUGGAGUAUCACACCUGGGCAGAAGCCCCAGAAAACAUUCAGAAACACCAAUCUCAAUGCAAGCAUUACUUACUUCAAUCCUGGGAUUAUCGAUGUCAGGAAGAAUCCAGUGGGGUAGCAGAACAUUGAAUAUUACUUAUUAUAUAAGGAUGCUAAAAGGCAGAUAUUCAUUGUACAGAUAAGAAAACAACACUUUGAGGGAAAGUUAUUUUAUUCAUAAGUUUUCUACAAAGCAACUAAAAUAUGAAAGGUAACAGUUAACACUUUGGUGAAUUAGGCAGUAAUAGAAAAGGUAAAUAUAUUUCAAUUUCCAUUUAAAUAAAAAAUCUCAGGUAUAACAAUGAGAUUCAUGGUUAUAGCAAUAAAAGGUGAAAUUCCAACAGAAGUAAAACAAAAUAAAGAUUAGAAAUAGUAGUACUGGGUAGCUAAAUUUAUUGGCUCGAUCUUGCACAAUGAGAGACCAUUUUUUAAGAGUAAUGCACAAAAAAUGCUGAAGGAACUCAGCAGUCAGGCAGUAUCUGUAGAAAGAAAUAAAAAGUUGAUGUUUUGGGCCAAUGCUCUUCAUCAGGACGCACUGUGCCGCUGAAGAGCAUUCUGACUGGUCUCAAUGAAGGUGCUCUUUGUUUCUUUGCUUUUUUUUGUUUGGUGGUCUGUAUUUAGUGGAGAACAGGUGGAGUUAUAAAGUUAGCCACUUUGCUGUUUAAAUCUCAAUUAACACUAUUCUGGUUCGGAGACAUUUUUCAUUAUCUCAAGUACCUCCUAGUUUAGAAACUGUUUAUUUUCAUAAGUCAAAAUUCAAAAUUCUGCUAAAACUAUCAUUUUUGUUUAAUAAACACGAGAUGUUGAAAAUCCUGAGUAACACACAGAAUAUACUGGAGAACCGCAGCAGCUCAAGUGGCAUCUAAGGAAAGGAAUAAAGAGUUAACGUUUCAGGCCAGGACCCUUUCCCUGAUGAAGGGUGUUGUCCUGAAGCGUCAACUGUUUAUUCUUUUCCAUCGAUGCUGCUAAUCUGCUGAGUUCCUCUGAUGUUUUGUUUGUGUUACUUUUUGUUUAAGUCAAUUAGGUUCUUACAUUAGGCAUUGAUUCUGAAAUUGUAGCUGAUUGGAGAAUUGUUCAGCCUGAUGGGCCAUUCAGUAUUCUCCAGAGUAAGAGUUUACAACUCAAUUUCCUAAUGGUUUUCAAACAAGGGAGAAAUUCAGUGUUAAUAAGGACUGGCUAGUGCAUUAAAUUGGGGUUGUCUUUUUCUUGGUUGCAAACAUUCAAAGAUUUUGACAAUAACAUUAUUGGUUCUUACUCUGUUCAACGAAAGGCAAUGAAUAAAACUGGGAAUCUUAUUAAGAGACAUCAGGAAAGCUGUGUCUAGAAAUUGAGACUUCUAUUGCAUAAGCGGCACGCUUCUGAAUUAAGACUGACGUUCAUUGUUAAGGUAGGCAUGAUUUUAUUUUGUGUCUCAGUGUUUCCAAAAUUGGAGUGAAGGGUGUAGGGUUAGGUGGAACAGGCAGGGGUAAGUAUAGAUGACACCAGAGAUUGUAACGGAAUAAAGACCUCCCUAUAACAUUUUCAGUAAAGGAACAAAUAAAUAUUACUUGCAAUAUUUCUUGCCGAAUAAUAGGGCUGCCUGCAAUUCCCAGGACAGUCCCAGCUGCUUAAAAAAGAAGCAUUUCAUGACCUGAUUAGACAUUUCUAGGCAGCCUCAAUUUUUACCAAAUGUGAAUAAGUGAUCUUUCUUUGGUAAAGGCUGGAGCUACUGCCACAUCCAACACAACAGUGCUUGAUAGAACAAGUAGCCAUUGAAUGCCACUUAGCUGAGAACACUACUGAACAAAUACAGUUUUCGUCAGUCACUUAACCACGCUGGUCAGAACAGUAGGCACAUUCUCAAAACACUAACGUGUUUUGCAGAAACCCCUCAUUCUCACUGCAAAACACACUCAACCAUUCAAAACAAUAAAUAGUUACAGCAAAAGUGAAUAACUCAAAUAUAUAAUUCAAUGCAUCACUAGCACAUGUAAGCAAACAUCAGAUAAAUAGAUCAACUCUGAUUAAAUAGUGGAGCAGAUUUGAUGGGUCAAAAGGCCUAAUUCUGUUCCUAUGUCUCAUGGUCUUAUAAUCACUGGGAAAAUGCUGACUAUCUUUCUAAUGCAAGUAUCUCAAAGUUAAAUUGUCCCACACGAUGACAUAUUGUGGGCCAUUGAUUCUGGCAUGCUGUUUCUCCUCGGAAACUAAGAGUUGUCUAACAAACCCAUCAAGGAGUGUGAUAAGGCAUAAGGUGUUUUAUGGCCCAAUCAUUGGGAUGUAUGCCAGAAGAACAGUGUCUAAUAUGGCUGUAUACAUGGUUAGGUUUGAACCUCCCUGGUACGGUACCUGGGGCUGUUGCCCUUACCCCUAUGACAUUCCUCCAUCACCUCCUUGUCUGUGACAUAUACGAGUCAUCUUAAUCAACGUAGAUGAAUUUGUGGUAUUGCAUUGGACUCCAGCUCCAUUAUCCUCUGUAAUCUCAGUAGAGAAGACAAGGUGAAACACGUGGAGUGUAUGAAAAGGAAUACGGUACUUGGCAAAACCUACAUGUACGAUUUUGACAACUUACCUGUACUUACAGAUACCUCAAUUCCUUAACCCUGUCAUUGUUUUUAUCAAAGGGCACUGUCAAUUUCAUUCUGUUGCAGUGGCAUUUCAACACUGUUAUUAGUUGUCAAUACUCAGACGGUAUGAGUAUUUGAGAUGAAUAACUACAGUUAUCUAUUUCACAAAGUGCAUGGUAUUGUUCACAAGCACCAUCUGAACAAUUGUUUCCUCUUGUCCAGCACUAGACACCUUGGCUUGCCCACCAGCUAGAGAUCUUCUUUCAGUUUUAUAAAAAUGCAAGUAUAUUUCCACUGAGUACAUUUACUGAAGCACACUAUUUGUAUUGAAUAAACUACUCUUUUAUACAUGAAUGUCGAAGUCAGUUACAUAACAUAAAGGUGUGAAUUUGCUAUGUGUUGUCUUACCUUUUCUCAUCCCUGAUACCACGCAUGAACCUGGCAUAUUGGGCUGCAUCUUUAGACCAGCCUCGUGCAUGGACAGUCCAUGAUUUAGGAUAUGGUCAACAAUUGUCGCUCAUAUUUCAUUCUUCACAAUCCUCUCUCAUCAAAUCUUUCAGCAUGCAUCUGAACCCACCCCAUCAGCCUUGUGGAUGCCCUCGCCUUUCAUUUUCCUUGUUCAAAGAAAGCUGCAGCACUGCCAACCACUCUUAGGUGUGUGAGUAUGUACUGAUUGGUGUAUCAGAUUUGCAAUGGUAGCUUAACUCCUUGCAAAAAGGAGCCACUUUGAGCCGAAGAUUUGGAAUUGAUUGCUGGCAGUUGGGGGCAUUUGAUUGUGUUUUGCUGGACCUGACACUUCAAUUGAUUUUUGUGUCUUCUGAUCACUGCUGUGUCCACUGUUUUGCAUUGAGUUCCUUGACAACUGAGAUUUGUAUACACCCAAUGAGAAAUGGUUGUCUCUGAGGCGGUUGCUGGUUUGCUCAAAUGAAGUUCAGAAUUGACCGUAUGCACUUCUGGCUUGAUCAAAGUGCCUAGGCAACUGAGAAAAACUGUAAAAAAAAAAUUCCUAUUCUGUAAGUAUUUAGACUUUUUCUUAAUUAACUUUUCUGCUUUUUGUACUGUUUUGUAUUUUAUUAUAUUCUUGCUGUACAAGAGUUCCACUUGAGCAGCAUUUGUUUUACAAAGAAAUACAAACUGUUUCCUUA